GAAAGGAGGGAAGGGAGAAUGGAGGAAAGGAGGGAAGAAAUGAAGAAGGAAAGGAGAAAGGAGAAAAGGGGAAAGGAGGAACGCGUCCCUGUCACCGUCCCGGGCUGGCACCGGGAGCGGGAGCGGGAACGGGAACGGGAAUGGGAACGGGAACGGGAACGGGAACGGGAACGGGAACGGGAACGGGAACGGGAACGGGAACGGGAACGGGAACGGGAACGGGAACGGGAACGGGAACGGGAACGGGAACGGGAACGGGAACGGGAACGGGAACGGGAACGGGAAGAACGGGAACGGGAACGGGAACGGGAACGGGAACGGGAACGGGAACGGGAACGGGAACGGGAACGGGAACGGGAACGGGAACGGGAACGGGAACGGGAACGGGAACGGGAA